CCGCGGCAGCACCGGGAACCCAGCCGCGGAGCUGUGAGGGGACCAGCUGGGCCGCGGGAGUGGUGGCGACGGACAGGUGGCGAGCUUUCGCCCGUGCCACAAGGGGCUAUUGGGCCGCCUGCGGAGCCUCGCGGUCUGGACGGGGCGACGGUGGCAUCCCGGACGGCCUGUGAGGGAUGCGCCGCCCACUGCCCCGCGCCGGCUGACCGCCCCCGCCUCGUCUCGCGGUGCGCCACAGCCGGGCCCGCGGCCGUUCCCGCCGCGCUGUCGCCCGGCCGCCGCGCCCGCGGGGCCGCGCCCGGCCCGGCCAUGUGGACCCCCACGGAGGAGGAGAAAUACGGCGUAGUGAUAUGCAGCUUUCGGGGAUCUGUUCCUCAAGGAUUAAUCUUAGAAAUAGGAGAAACAGUCCAGAUUCUUGAAAAAUGUGAAGGUUGGUACAGAGGAGUGUCAACAAAGAAGCCAAAUGUAAAGGGUAUCUUUCCUGCAAACUACAUUCACUUGAAAAAAGCAAUUGUCAGUAAUAGGGGGCAGUAUGAAACUGUGGUUCCACUCGAAGAUUCCAUUGUGACUGAGGUUACAGCAACUCUUCAAGAAUGGGCCAGUCUGUGGAAACAGCUUUAUGUUAAACACAAAGUAGAUCUUUUCUACAAACUUCGCCAUGUGAUGAAUGAACUUAUUGACCUGCGAAGGCAGCUACUGUCUGGUCACCUUACUCAAGAUCAAGUGCGGGAGGUUAAGCGGCACAUCACCGUUCGCCUGGACUGGGGUAAUGAGCAUUUGGGCCUGGACCUGGUGCCUCGAAAGGACUUUGAAGUCGUGGAUUCAGACCAGAUUAGUGUCUCAGAUCUCUAUAAGAUGCAUUUGUCUAGUAGGCAGAGUGUACAGCAAAGCACAUCCCAGGUAGAUACAAUGCGCCCUCGUCAUGGGGAAACUUGUCGGAUGCCAGUACCACACCACUUCUUCUUCAGUCUAAAGAGUUUCACCUAUAACACCAUUGGGGAAGAUACUGAUGUCUUUUUUUCCUUAUAUGACAUGAGAGAAUGCAAGCAGAUCAGUGAGCGGUUUCUGGUGAGACUGAACAAGAAUGGUGGGCCAAGGAACCCAGAGAAGAUAGAACGAAUGUGUGCCCUUUUUACAGAUCUGAGCAGCAAAGACAUGAAGAGAGACUUAUAUAUUGUUGCCCAUGUGAUCCGAAUAGGCCGAAUGCUCCUGAAUGACUCCAAGAAGGGUCCUGCUCAUCUGCACUACAGGCGACCAUAUGGCUGUGCAGUCCUAAGCAUCUUGGAUGUUCUCCAGUCACUUACAGAAUUAAAGGAAGAAAAGGAUUUUGUUCUUAAGGUUUACACGUGCAACAAUGAGAGUGAAUGGGCCCAGAUCCACGAGAACAUCAUCCGAAAAUCCAGCGCCAAGUACUCUGCCCCCAGCGCCAGCCAUGGUCUUAUUAUUUCUCUGCAGCUUCUUCGUGGAGACAUGGAACAGAUUCGAAGAGAAAAUCCCAUGAUAUUUAAUAGGGGAUUAGCAAUUACAAGAAAAUUGGGAUUUCCUGAUGUCAUCAUGCCAGGUGAUAUCCGCAAUGACCUGUAUCUAACCUUGGAGAAGGGGGAUUUUGAAAGAGGGGGAAAGAGUGUACAAAAGAACAUUGAAGUGACCAUGUAUGUGCUUUAUGCAGAUGGAGAAAUACUGAAGGAUUGCAUCAGCUUGGGUUCGGGAGAGCCAAACAGAAGUUCCUAUCACUCCUUUGUCCUCUAUCACAGUAACAGUCCUCGCUGGGGAGAAAUUAUUAAAUUGCCUAUCCCCAUUGACAGAUUUCGAGGCUCCCAUCUGCGCUUUGAAUUCAGACAUUGUUCCAGUGACAAAGGACAAAGGGAAAAGAAACUCUUUGGCUUUGCAUUCUCACCCCUGAUGCGUGACGAUGGCACCACCCUCUCAGAUGAUAUUCAUGAGCUUUAUGUGUACAAGUGUGAUGAGAAUAGCACAUUUAACAACCAUGCUUUGUACCUGGGCCUGCCCUGCUGCAAGGAAGACUACAAUGGUUGCCCUAAUAUCCCCUCGAGCCUCAUCUUCCAGCGCAGCACCAAAGAGUCUUUCUUCAUUUCCACACAACUCUCUUCUACCAAACUCACCCAGAAUGUGGACCUCCUUGCUCUACUGAAAUGGAAGGCCUUUCCAGACCGGAUCAUGGACAUCCUAGGGAGGCUGCGGCAUGUCAGUGGGGAGGAAAUUGUUAAGUUCCUUCAGGACAUCUUAGAUACACUGUUUGUGAUUUUGGAUGAUAAUACAGAGAAAUAUGGCCUGUUGGUGUUUCAGUCUCUGGUUUUCAUCAUCAACCUGCUCAGAGACAUCAAGUAUUUCCACUUCCGACCUGUGAUGGAUACAUAUAUCCAGAAGCACUUUGCUGGAGCACUGGCAUACAAAGAGCUCAUUCGCUGUUUGAAGUGGUAUAUGGACUGCUCAGCAGAGUUGAUUCGGCAGGACCACAUUCAGGAAGCCAUGCGGGCCUUGGAGUACCUUUUCAAGUUCAUUGUUCAGUCACGGAUCCUGUACUCAAGAGCCACAUGUGGGAUGGAAGAGGAACAAUUCCGGUCCAGCAUCCAAGAGCUUUUCCAGUCCAUUCGGUUUGUGCUCAGUCUGGACAGCAGAAACUCAGAAACACUCCUUUUUACUCAGGCUGCACUCCUCAAUUCUUUCCCAACCAUCUUUGAUGAACUGCUGCAAAUGUUCACUGUGCAAGAGGUGGCAGAGUUUGUGAGAGGGACUCUAGGGAGCAUGCCAAGCACUGUGCACAUCGGACAGUCCAUGGAUGUGGUGAAGCUUCAGUCCAUCGCCAGAACAGUGGACAGCCGCCUGUUUUCUUUUUCAGAAUCCCGUCGGAUCCUGCUUCCGGUGGUGCUACAUCACAUUCACCUUCACCUGAGACAGCAGAAAGAGCUACUAAUCUGCUCAGGAAUUCUUGGCAGCAUCUUUUCCAUUGUCAAGACCAGCUCUCUGGAAGCAGAUGUCAUAGAGGAAGUAGAGAUGAUGGUGGAGAGCCUCCUGGACGUGCUCUUGCAGACUCUGCUCACCAUCAUGAGCAAAUCGCACGCUCAGGAGGCGGUAAGAGGGCAGCGGUGCCCGCAGUGCACAGCCGAGAUCACUGGAGAGUAUGUGUCCUGCCUUCUCUCACUACUUCGACAGAUGUGUGACACUCAUUACCAGCACCUACUGGACAACUUCCAGAGCAAGGAUGAACUCAAGGAAUUCCUACUGAAGAUUUUCUGUGUGUUCCGGAAUCUGAUGAAAAUGAGUGUCUUUCCUCGGGACUGGAUGGUGAUGAGACUGCUAACAAGCAAUAUUAUAGUCACUACUGUCCAGUACCUGUCCUCUGCAUUGCACAAGAAUUUCAUAGAGACAGACUUUGACUUCAAGGUGUGGAAUUCUUAUUUUAGUCUGGCAGUUCUGUUCAUAAAUCAGCCAAGCCUUCAACUAGAAAUCAUUACUUCAGCCAAGAGGAAGAAGAUUCUAGAUAAGUAUGGGGACAUGCGUGUGAUGAUGGCUUAUGAACUGUUCAGCAUGUGGCAGAAUUUGGGUGAACAUAAGAUCCACUUUAUUCCGGGAAUGAUUGGUCCUUUUCUGGGUGUGACACUGGUCCCACAGCCAGAAGUGCGGAAUAUAAUGAUUCCCAUCUUUCAUGACAUGAUGGAUUGGGAGCAAAGGAAAAAUGGCAACUUCAAACAGGUGGAGGCUGAGCUGAUUGACAAGCUGGACAGCAUGGUAUCAGAGGGGAAAGGUGAUGAGAGCUACAGGGAGCUCUUCGGCCUUCUAACCCAGCUAUUUGGGCCCUACCCCAGCCUGCUGGAGAAGGUUGAACAGGAAACAUGGAGAGAGACCGGCAUUUCCUUUGUGACCUCAGUCACCCGCCUCAUGGAACGCCUUCUUGACUACAGGGACUGCAUGAAAGGAGAGGAGACAGAAAAUAAGAAGAUUGGCUGCACUGUUAACCUGAUGAACUUUUACAAAUCUGAGAUUAACAAAGAAGAAAUGUAUAUCCGCUACAUCCAUAAGCUUUGUGACAUGCACUUACAGGCUGAAAACUACACAGAAGCUGCAUUCACCCUACUCCUUUACUGUGAGCUGCUGCAGUGGGAGGACCGGCCACUACGGGAGUUCCUGCACUACCCUUCUCAAACAGAAUGGCAACGAAAAGAGGGACUGUGCCGGAAAAUCAUCCACUACUUCAACAAAGGCAAGAGCUGGGAGUUUGGGAUUCCACUGUGCCGGGAACUGGCAUGUCAGUAUGAAAGCCUCUAUGAUUAUCAGAGCCUCAGCUGGAUUCGGAAAAUGGAGGCCAGCUACUAUGACAACAUUAUGGAGCAGCAACGCCUGGAGCCUGAGUUCUUCCGGGUCGGGUUCUAUGGCAGGAAGUUUCCUUUUUUUCUUCGGAACAAAGAAUAUGUAUGCCGUGGCCACGACUAUGAGAGGCUGGAGGCCUUCCAGCAAAGGAUGCUCAGUGAGUUCCCACAAGCCGUUGCCAUGCAGCACCCCAACCAUCCUGACGAUGCCAUCCUACAAUGUGAUGCCCAGUACUUGCAGAUCUAUGCAGUGACACCCAUUCCAGAAUAUGUGGAUGUUCUUCAGAUGGAUAGGGUCCCAGAUCGAGUCAAGAGCUUCUAUCGUGUCAACAAUGUGAGGAAGUUCCGGUAUGAUAGGCCUUUCCACAAAGGCCCAAAGGACAAGGACAAUGAAUUCAAGAGCCUGUGGAUUGAGCGUACCACGCUGACCCUGACCCACAGCUUGCCUGGCAUCUCUCGGUGGUUUGAAGUGGAGAGGAGGGAACUGGUGGAAGUAAGCCCUCUGGAGAAUGCCAUCCAGGUGGUUGAGAAUAAGAACCAAGAGCUGCGGGCCUUGAUCAGCCAGUAUCAGCACAAGCAGGUACAUGGCAACAUCAACCUGCUCAGCAUGUGCCUGAAUGGUGUCAUUGACGCAGCUGUCAAUGGAGGCAUUGCACGCUACCAGGAGGCCUUUUUUGAUAAAGAUUAUAUCACCAAGCACCCAGGAGACGCUGAGAAGAUCACUCAACUCAAGGAGCUCAUGCAGGAUCAGGUUCAUAUCCUUGGAGUUGGGCUAGCAGUUCAUGAGAAGUUUGUGCACCCAGAAAUGCGGCCUUUACACAAGAAGCUGAUUGAUCAAUUCCAGAUGAUGCGGGCCAGUCUCUACCAUGAGUUUCCAGGUUUGGAUAAGCUAAGUCCUGCAUGUUCAGGCACUAGCACCCCACGGGGAAAUAUUCUGGCAUCUCAUAGCCCCAUGAGCCCCGAGAACAUGAAGAUGACCCAUCGUCACAGCCCCAUGAACUUGAUGGGCACAGGCCGCCAUUCAUCAUCCUCUCUCUCCUCACAUGCGUCUAGCGAAGCAGGAAAUAUGGUGAUGAUGGGUGAUAGCUCCAUGGGCGAGGCUCCUGAGGAUCUGUACCACCACAUGCAGCUCGCAUAUCCCAAUCCCAGGUACCAGGGCUCAGUCACCAACGUCUCUGUUCUGUCCUCGUCCCAGGCAAGCCCUUCUUCCUCCAGCCUGAGUUCUACUCACUCAGCACCAUCCCAGAUGAUUACCUCUGCCCCUUCCAGCACCCGAGGCUCUCCCUCUCUGCCAGAUAAGUACCGCCAUGCCCGGGAAAUGAUGUUGCUGUUGCCCACGCACCGAGACCGCCCAAGCAGUGCCAUGUAUCCGGCAGCCAUCCUGGAGAAUGGACAGCCAUCAAACUUCCAACGGGCCCUGUUCCAGCAAGUAGUCGGAGCCUGCAAACCCUGCAGUGAUCCUAAUCUGUCUGUAGCUGAAAAAGGUCAUUACUCCUUACAUUUUGACGCCUUCCAUCACACUCUGGGUGAUACUCCCCCAGCCCUCCCUGCCCGGACCCUGCGCAAGUCUCCUCUCCACCCCAUCCCAGCCUCCCCCACCAGUCCACAGUCCGGCCUGGAUGGCAGCAACUCUACGCUGUCUGGCAGUGCCAGCAGUGGUGUGUCCUCUUUGAGUGAAAGUAACUUUGGGCACUCCUCAGAGGCCCCACCUCGAACCGACACUAUGGACUCGAUGCCAAGCCAGGCCUGGAAUGGUGAUGAAGACCUUGAGCCACCCUACCUCCCUGUCCACUACAGCCUCUCCGAGUCCGCUGUCCUGGACUCCAUCAAGGCCCAGCCAUGCCGGAGCCACUCAGCCCCUGGGUGUGUCAUCCCUCAGGACCCCAUGGACCCGCCUGCCCUGCCACCCAAGCCCUACCACCCCAGGCUGCCAGCCCUGGAGCACGACGAAGGUGUGCUGCUGCGUGAAGAGGCCGAGAGACCAAGAGGCCUACACCGCAAGGCCUCAUUGCCUCCUGGGAGCACCAAGGAGGAGCAGGCUCGCAUGGCCUGGGAGCACGGCCGAGGGGAACAGUGAGGGGCAGAAAGGCAGCUGUGAUACUACCUUCAGUGAGCAGCUCGUCCAACCACUCCAGGUCUGAAAAUCAAGUCUCCCCUCCACCCCCAGAGAGUUAGAGGGGCUUGGCACUCCGGAGAGCAGCACCCAAGUCUCCAUUCUACUGCCGUGAACUCAUGUGUUGCCAUGUUCAGAGGCCACAGCAGCAUGAAGAGUUGUGGCUUCUCUUUUUAUUUCAUUUUUUAUGUUUCCAUUUUCUAUGAGUUUUCUUUUCUUUUCUUUCUUUUUUUUUUUUUUCUUAUGCAGUAGAUGCUUUCUUCCUCCUAUAGUUUCCAGACCACGUGGAGCUAUGUGGAGAUAUUGCACAGACAGAAUUGCUUGCAGCAUUGCAGGGCCCAAGAGCAGAAGCCCCAGCCCUCCCUUCAGGGCAGAGAUGCACAGAAGAAUGGAAAUUGCACUAGGGACCUCUUCUUUUGCUGUAGGACAGAGAAGUUAAUGGUUGCAUUCAGGGAUUGCAAGGACCACGUGGACUAUGUGUCACAGGUGAAACAAAUGGGCCACAAGCCAUUUUGCACAAAUGCUUACCCACCUGCCCACUCUUCCAUCCAGGAGUGUGCAAACUGAGGGUCCUGGCGAGGCCAGUUUGCCAGCUCAGGCAUGUGACCUGGUCUACCUGCAUGCCCAAAGCACACUGCCAGGUUUUCACGGGCCAGCCUUGUCUCCUACUCCACCUUGGACUUUUUUACCCAUCACUUUAUUUCUGAUCAUUUGCUCCCUUCCAUGUUGAUAACCUCAUGACCCGGAGAAGGCUCCAUGGUGAAUGGAUCUACAAAGGGUUUUUCCUCCACCUUUAGGGGUCUGAGUGAAGGAACAGAGCCAGCGGGGCUACCCUAACCAACCUUUCUCCUAGAGGGAGCUAGGCCCUUUCCCAUGUGUUAGAGCUGGUAUAGAGUGAGGCUGGGGUGUGGCAGGGGCCAGAAAUUCUCUGAACUUUCGGAGUGGCCAGAAUGCCUGCCACCAGCUCCUGAAUCAGGGAUUUUCAGCACUACCUCUGAGCCAUGGGGUUGGCUGCCCAGCCAGGCUUCCAGGCCCUGAGGACAUGUGGUCAGGUUUCAGCAAGCUUCUGUGUAAAAAGGGUGGAAAGGAAUUUCUCCUUGGUAGAAAGCAGAGAACAUACAAAUAGUAAUUGUCAUUUCCCAAUUGGCCAAGUAUAGCACCUGCUCCAGGCCCAUGGGGACCACCACUCAGGGUUCAGGGCAAGCAGGAAGACAGUUUCUCCAGCCUCCCAGUCUGUUGGCGGCCCCAGUGAGGUGUCUUUAUAGUAAACUCUUUCAGGUCAGGGCACUGAUUUUCCUCUCGGUGUAUUAUUUGGGGGGUUAGGGUGGGGUGGGUAUAGUAGUAAUUUUAUCAGGGUGCUUCUCAGUUACUUUAAAAAAAACUGUCUGAAACAAAAAACUUUCUCUUUCAUUUGCUUGAGUCAUAUUAUGAUGGUCACAAGACUGCCUUCUCCUUGUUGAGGCACGUUACCCCAGUUCCUCUUUACUGGCCUGUCCAGCCUCCAUGACCAGGCCCUGGGUUUUAGGUCCUCGUUCAUUCUCCACAGCCCCUCUUUUCAAACAGAAAAAGCCAUGGUCAGGGUGUUUUUCUCUUGGAAACAAGUGCCAACUUGUUUAACAGAAAUGCCAGCAAGUAACCUAUAAGGAAAGAUAGAAGACCCAGUUACCUUCAUAGAGUCUGGGUGUUAUCACCUGUGUGGGGCUUUUCUGAUACCAUCAGGAUUACUCCACACCAAAUGGGGCAGAAGGCUGCCCCAGGUGGGGGGUCAGUCAAGGCAAUCCACAGCUCAAAGGGAGGCCUGAACCUAGAUUCACUUGCAGCCUUCAAUCUCUGGGCAUCUGGGGAUUCUUUGGUGUAAAGGUCAGGGACAUGUUGAAUCUGAUUCUUAAGGUAAGAGGACAUCUUUGGAUUUUCAGGCACUUCUGAACCUCAGUUCCUGGACAAGGCAGUCAUCACAUAAGAACAUCAACCUUCUCUACUUGAUGGCACAGGAUAUAGGGAGAGGAGUGUAGGUUUGCUGGCCUUGCUUUGUGGAGGUGAAACAAAUUCAUGUUUUCCCUCUCCAUUUUCCCUAACUGGAUGAAAUGGACACAUUCUGAAACACUUUUGUUGGAGAAUCAGCCAGUCUGAGGGGAAAUGGGAGAUCAGAGAUGAAAAUUCUUUGAAGACUGUGAAAUAGUGAUUUCAUUCUUUCAAGCUUAUUUGUAAAUACCUAUUUGAAUGCUGUGUAUUUGUACAGGAAUUUGAGCAAAAAAUGUAUAGAGUGUGAUGUCCAAUUGGUUAUCAGUCCUAUAAAUGUGUUUUUAACCUCUGGCAUUCUGUGCUUAUUUAAAACAAGAACACUACUAACCAUUUCUUUUGUGUACUUAUGUCUAAAGAAAAAAUGAUUAAAAAAUGAUCUUACCUGUACCAGAAGAGCAAAGUUAUAAGAAAAAAAAAAUUUGUACCAAUGUCC